AUGCCAGAGCAUGAUGGGUUGAUGCGCAUUUUCUGGCCGAACGACAUCCCAAGGUCCGACCUGCCUGGGGUGGUCGUGGGCUGGAGGAACUCGGCAUUGGAUGUGUUCGUGGUCGCCAUUCUGGAAGCCGUCGAUGCCCGAAUGGUCGAGGGCGCGCUGAAGUCCCUCACCCUGUUCAGGAGCGCUCCCCACCCGAUAGGACGCAUCUUCGAGCUGUGCGGCCAGUCGAGCAUGCACGUACUUGGUGUCUCAAAUGCUGCCGACUCGGUUAUUAUUGACCCGUCGUGGGUGCGCGUGAACAUGGAUGCCAAUGCUCGAAUCCCUCAGGUCCGAUGCGCCAAGGCCUCAAGUAUACAGAUCAUACUAUUCCAGCGACCGCUCCCGACGAGAAUGCAAUACAUAUCGCUCAAUCCCAUUGCGCUGGCCUUGGGCGACAAGCCCACGGACGAGAGGACGGCGCCCGUCGGCGAGGCCGAGGCCCAGGAGGAAAUACAGGAACGCCUUCGGAGGGAGAAAUCCGAGCGACUCGUCGAGAAACUCAAACAGCAUUCUGUCAUAAAGCGACCUGCCUCGAACAAGGAAAGGGCCCUCCCCAGAAUCGUCAACCAGAUAAAUUGGUCCUUGGAGCUUGAGACGCUUCUUCAGAAAAACGUAUCAAGACUAGGAGCGAGACCCAAGCGAAGUCUGAGUGUGUCUGAGCGAGUGGUAGAAUCUGCGACUACGAUGAAGAACAUUGUUCUGCUCUGGAUAUGGGAACUGAUCACUGUCUAUCUGUAUCCCAUCAUCAGGCGAGGCUUCAUUCUUGGCCUCAUCGGCCAUCGGAUAGCGGCUGAGAUGCUGCUGGUGGUGUUGGAGUGGAGGCCCCAGCCUCACAUUGCUGCUCUCAAGGAUAUUUCGGCCACUGCGCAGCAAGUCGAGAUUCGACUGCAGCAAUUCUGCUACUGGCCAAUGCAGUAUGUCACUUUGAGACAGCGAAAGAACGACUGGGAAAGUGUGACGACAAGUCAUCCUGACUACAUCCGAUUCUACAACAGCCUUUGGCUAGUUGCUAAUGAUGUGAUCAUCGGAAUUGCCUUGGGCUCAUACAUCAUCGACAACGCUUCCUGGGUUGCGGACCAGAUCAGCCUUAUCCUGACAACAUACACCGUCGAAGCUCUACAGAGCGGUAUUUCCUGGUUGAUGGGAUGGCCCGCUGGUUUGAAGCUCAACACCGAGUUGGCGGCGUUUCUUGGCGACUUGUUCCUAUGGGUCAUCGAUUAUUGGGCCAGUUGUAUCGAUACAUUUCGGCCGGCGCUGCCUGGUGUAAUCUGGUUCAUCGGCUUCACCAGUUUUGCUGGGGCUAGCAUGCCCAUCGCAGUGUUCUCGGACUUGCUUUCCGUGCUCACUGUCCACAUAUACUCGUUCUAUCUCGCCUCCGCCCGUAUAUAUCACUGGCAACUGACAAUCCUCAUCUCGCUCUUCCAUCUAUUCAGAGGAAAGAAACACAAUGUCUUGCGGAACCGUAUAGACUCUUGCGACUACGACCUUGAUCAGCUCUUGGUGGGCACGAUCGUCUUCUGUCUUCUGCUAUUCCUGCUGCCGACUGUCGUGGUAUUCUACCUGAACUUCGCCAUAGCCCGGAUGGUCAUCAUCUCGCUAAAAGCCGCCUUUGAUACACUUCUUUCCUGCUUGAACCACUUCCCCCUCUUUGCCCUGAUGCUCCGGAUCAAGGACCCCCAGAGGCUGCCAGGGGGCAUUCGUUUUGAACUUCGUGAUACCCAAAAUUAUAGAGUCGUACAUAAUCCAGCAAUACCUGAUCUCCCAUCCACAUCGGUAAUCUACCUUAAGUCCAUACCCUUGACGUUCCGCGCCAUGUUCCACCAGUACUUCCAGAUGGCCGCGCGCAUCCGAAAGCACUACCUCUCACCCCGUGUGCUUCUCUGCUUGCUCACGGGCAAGUUUGUCCCGCCUAUCAACCGCAAGAACCUGUACAGCCUUCAGUACAGCAUGUUGCCGGCCAAGAGGUCGGGGAUCAUGGAGAUGUGGGCUGCGGUCAACUCACUUGUGAGGAACGAGAAGAGGCAGCCCAUCCCAGUGAUAAAUGGGAGGCUAACUAGGACACGGGUGUACGGUGGGCAUUGA